UUUGAUGCUAAUCCAAUUCGAUAGCACACCGGGUGAAGUGACGUCACACACCUGAGAGAUGCGAUGCUCCGGCCCGCCAUCCGUCCACGCCAGCAGAAGAACGAACAACAACAAAAACAAACAAAGCAGAACCGGCAAAAGCCAGUGCAAGAUUGUUUCUGUUUCUGCUGUUGUGGCACAGCACAGCACAGAAAUACAUAUUCUGGCAUUAUUAAAUUGGUAUUUUGGCAUUGGCGCAAGCGAAAACAUCCACACAAACACACAACUACAGGGCCAGCGAGACGAAUAGAGGAGUGGCACAGACACAGCCACAGCCACAGUCCGCACACUUUCCUGGCACUUACUCAUGCCACUGUAGCAAAAUAUUCUUGUGGCUUUCGGCAUUGUUAUUAGUACCGCAGCGACCCAGAGGCAACGACUGACGUGUCUGGCUGCCACUCACCCAUUAUCAUCAUAGAUAAUAAAUGAUGUCUGAAGAUGCCAAGAGUCCAGGACCACGCACCCGUAACAUCAUUGAAAACCAAUUGUUUCGCCGCCAGCGCAGUCUGAAGCUUGAGGCCCUGCAAAGGCAGCGCACCCUUCAGGGAGAUGACGACACCGACGUGGACGAACCCUUCGACAAGACGCAAAUAGUCAUAAUAUUCACGGAGAAGGCCAAGCUGCGCCACUGCCAGGAUGUGGAGAAGAUCAUCAAGGAAUUUGGCAUACAGACCACUCUGGAAACUGUAGGAAAAACCGAAAAGUAUCUGUAUUUGUCGGCCAGUUUGGACACCUUGUUGCGGCUGGCCGAUGUGGCCGAGCUGGAGAAGAAGACCACCACGGGCAGCAUGCAAAAGUUCAACAAUGGGUGCAUUUCCGACUUCCUGCUGCCCGGCAUGGGCAAGGAUCAAAUACUGCGCUACUGUGAGAUCCCCGUUCUGAUCAAGGAUGUGAUCAAGCCAGCGAUCAAGUCCUACAUACAGAAGGGCUACAUCGAGGACAUGUUUCCCCUGCACGAUAUUCUCUAUCUGGAUCGCUUCAACUGGAAUCUAAAGCGCUCCCAUCUACCCAUAGAGGACAUCCGCAACUAUUUUGGCUCCAGCAUUGGCCUCUACUUCGGUUUCAUUGAGUUCUACACGAAGGCCCUGAUCUUUCCCGCUGUCUUUGGCAUACUGCAGUACCUAUUCGACCUGAAUCUCUCGAUUGUGUGCAGUUUCUAUGUGGUCUGGACAACUAUCUUCCUGGAGCUGUGGAAGCGCAAAUGUGCUGGCUACUCGUACCGAUGGGGCACCAUCGAGAUGAGCAGCCUGGACAAGCCGCGCUCCGCCUACCAGGGCCAGCUAAAGCCCGAUCCGAUCACCGGCAAAAUGACACUGCAUUACCCGAUGCGCUACACGUACCUGCAAAUGUACUGCAUUUCGUAUCCGGUGGUGCUCGUCUGUGUGGUGGCGGCCGGCUGGUUCGCCCUCUACCAGUUCCAGAUCGAGGCCGAGGUGCUGGCCGAUUUUGGCGCAGACUCGUGGCUGCUGUACGUGCCGGUCAUUGUGCAGUCCAUUCUGAUAGCCAUCUUCUCGUGGGCGUACGAGAAGUUGGCCACAUUCCUCACAAAGCUGGAGAACCAUCGCACCCGCUCGCAGUACGACCGGCAUCGGGUCAACAAGCUGAUGCUCUUCGAGAUCGUCAACAACUUCUUCUCCCAGUUCUACAUCGCCUUCGUCCUGCAGGACCUCAAGCAACUGAAGUACCAGCUGAUGAUGCAGCUACUCAUAUUCCAGCUGCUGUGCAUUGCCCAGGAGAUCGGCAUCCCGCUGAUGGCUGUGCUCCGGCAGAAGUAUGCCAAGUUUCGCCAUCGCGACACCGUGACCGAGGAGGAGAAGCUGGACAAUAUCAGCGAUCAGCCCCGGUACGAGCAGUCGUUCUACGAGUCCGGCCUGGAUGCCUACCAUUCCACAUACGAGGACUACCUGCAGGUGUGCAUACAGUUCGGGUUCGUUGUACUCUUUGCCGCCGUGGCCCCCUUCGCCGCCAUCGGGGCGCUCAUCAACAACGUGUUUGCCGUCCACAUCGACAUGUUCAAGCUUUGCAACAUCUUCAAGCGUCCGUUCGCCCGCAGGGCCAAGAACAUUGGCGCCUGGCAGCUGGCCUUCGAGCUGCUGUCCGUCAUGUCGCUUCUGAGCAACUGCGGUCUGCUCUUCCUCCAGCCGAAUGUCAAAGAAUUCUUCUCGCACUGGCUGCCCACGGUGCCGGAGCUGUCGUUUGUCAUCUUUGAGCAUCUGCUGCUGGGCCUCAAGUUCGUCAUCCACAAGGUUAUCCACGAGCGUCCGCGCUGGGUGCGAAUUGGUCUGCUGAAAGCGGACUUUGAGACCAGCCAGGCCCUCAAGCAACUCAAAAAAUUCAAGGCGGAGACUAAUAAGAUGUCCUAGGAUCCACUCUCCCACUCCUCUAAUCUGCAAUCUCCAAACCCCAAUCUCCAGUUCCAGUUGUUGGUGCUAUUAGAACCAGGUCCAUUUUAAAAGUUAUUAUAUUUAUACGUUUUAUGCGAUUUUAAUGU